GAGGAGGCUGGGUCGGGCCGGGCUACUGAAUGUGGGGCUGCUCGCUGGGGCUGCGGCUGGGGCGCCGCUGGACGCCGCUGCGCCGCGCCAUGUCCGGGGGCCCCGCCCCGCCGCGGCGGCCCCGGCCGCCCAAAGACCUGUUGCGGCACCUGCGGGCCCGGGAGAAGCGGCGGAGCUCGGAGUUGGCCGGACCCAGCAUCGUCUACGUGCAGGUGGCGGCGGCUGGGAGCCGGGACUCGGGCGCCGCGCUCUACGUCUUCUCCGAGUACAACCGGUAUCUCUUUAACUGCGGGGAAGGGAUCCAGCGCCUUAUGCAGGAACACAAGUUAAGAGUAGCUCGUUUAGACAACAUCUUUCUGACUAGAAUGAACUGGGCGAAUGUUGGUGGUUUGUCGGGAAUGAUUCUCACCUUAAAGGAAAUGGGGCUCCCAAAGUGUGUUCUCUCAGGGCCACCACAGCUGCGAAACUACCUGGAAGCUAUCAAAAUGUUUUCUGGCCCGCUGAAAGGAAUAGACCUGGCUGUGAGGCCCCAUACAGAGCCCGAGUAUAAGGAUGAGACGAUGACAGUCUAUCAAGUACCUCUUGUGGGAAGGCAUUUAGCCAGUGAGCACAGGCUGCAUCAGAGUCCUGAAAGGUCAGUCCAAGGUGGAGUCAGCCCCAAAUGUGCCCCAGAGCCUGGAUCUCCCGCUGCUGAGCAGCAGUGUCCGAAGGGCGUCGAGAAUAGAGAAGCCCUGAAGAAAACAGAUGGCAACAGGAGAGUUGGCAGCAGAGACCCAACCCUGUUGGUGGCUUUCAUCUGCAAACUUCACCCGAAGAAGGGAAACUUCUUGGUGGCCAAAGCGAAGGAGCUGGGCCUGCCAGUUGGGACAGCAGCCAUUGGCCCCAUCAUUGCGGCAGUCAAAGAUGGAAAGAGUGUCACGUUUGAAGGCAGAGAGAUCCUGCCCGAAGAGGUCUGUACUCCUCCUGAUCCAGGCCCUGUGUUCAUUGUAGUGGAAUGUCCUCAUGAAGGCUUUGUGGAUGCAGUCUGUGAAAAUGACAUGUUCCGCAGGUACCAAGAAGGGAAGGCUGAGGGUCACGUGGCCUUGGUUAUUCACAUCACCCCAGAGUCAGUGCUUCGAGACAGCCGGUACAAACAGUGGCUGGAAAGGUUUGGACGCACAACUGAACACUUGAUACUUAAUGAAAAUGCAAACACUGUGCACUAUCUCCGCAGCCACAAGAUCCAAACCCAGUUGAACCUCAUUCACUCAGAAAUCUUCCCACUGUUAACUAGCUACCAGAGUCGGGAAGAAGAGGCCACUUUUAGCGUGCCUGUUGUGCGGGGAGAGUGCCUCCUGAGAUACCAGCUGAGACCGAAACCGCAGUGGCAGAGGGAUGUGGUUGCUGUCUGCAAUUCCAGUGAAUUUGUGGCUGAAGCCCUGGAGCUCCCUGGCUUCCAGGACCGUGUGAAGGAGUGCAGAGAGAGCCUGCAGGCUGGGCCGGUCAAGUCAGGUAAAACUGAGCAUUACCCGGAAAUAGUCUUCCUAGGAACAGGCUCUGCAAUUCCAAUGAAAAUCCGGAAUGUCAGCUCCACCCUGAUAAAUAGCAGCCCUACCCAGUCACUGCUCCUGGACUGUGGGGAGGGAACGUUUGGCCAGCUCUGUCGCCACUACGGGGACCAGGUGGACAAAAUCCUGUGCAACACAGCAGCCGUGUUUUUGUCUCACAUCCAUGCCGAUCAUCACACAGGUUUGUUGAACAUUCUGCUGGAGAGACGGCGAGCGUUCGCAUCCCUUGGUCAGCCACCAAGCCCGCUGCUGCUGAUAGCGCCCACGCAGAUCAUGGCGUGGCUACACCAGUAUCACAACAACUGCCAAGAGAUUCUUGGUCAUGUCAAUAUGAUUCCUGCCAAGUUUCUGGUGGAAGGGGCGCAAGUCAUCGGACCUAAAGCCAAAGCUCUGAUUAGCUCACUGCUGGAGAAGUAUGACUUUGCGGAGUUCCAGACUUGUGAGGUGCGGCACUGUAAAAAUGCCUUUGCUUGUUCGAUGGAACACACAUCUGGCUGGAAAAUAGUCUAUUCUGGUGACACGAUGCCCUGUGAGGCCUUGGUCCAAAUGGGGAAAGACACUACUUUGCUGAUCCAUGAAGCAACGUUAGAGGAUGGCUUGGAAGAAGAGGCAGUAGAGAAGACGCACAGCACGACAUCCCAGGCGAUUGGGGUUGGGAUGAAGAUGAAUGCAGAAUUCAUCAUGCUCAAUCACUUCAGCCAGCGGUAUGCCAAGAUCCCGCUCUUCAGUGCAGAUUUCUCGGACAAGGUUGGAAUCGCAUUUGAUCACAUGAGAGUGUGUUUUGGGGACUUUGUAACAAUCCCUAAACUAAUCCAGCCCCUGAAGGCUCUGUUUGCUGAUGAGAUCGUGGAAAUGGAGGAGCGGAAGGAGAAGCGGGAGCUGCGCCUUUUGAAAGAGGCCAUUGUAGCUUCAGAGAAGCUGGCAGACAGCGAGAACAAUGCGAGCAAGUCAACCCCAGCCUCAAAGAAACGGGAACAUGCAGAGAACCAUCAGGAAGGGCCGAGCAAGAAGCUUAAAACCGCGAACUGAGCUGAGUGGUAUAUGGCUUGUGAAGGAAAGUAGCUCUGACCAUGCUGCGCACACCUUGUCUUGCUCCCUCCAAGCUUUGGGGAGUGUGGAGUUCUGCAGACCCCCCAAGUGAGGGCUUGGGGUGCUGGUGGUGAUGGGCUGGCAAUGCCUGCAACUGCUACAUGGGUGGGAUUGCCCAUUGUACUGAUGUUACUAAGCAUAUAAUAAGCAGUGACAAGGUCUCUGGCCCAUGUCCGCACAUGCAGUUCAUGUUUCUCAACAGUGCUACCAGCCCAUCUGUCAGCUUCCAGCUGCCUUUCUUCCCUCUCAAGUGUUUUUAUUUAUUUUUGGUUUUAGACUGGAAGCUGUUGCAUGUAACAGCAGUUGUGAUGACAGGAAAUCACUGAAGAUGAGGUCCACAAAACACCCUUGGGGCCAUGGAAUCUCCCAGAGUAUGUUGGGAAAGCCCCUGCUUACUCUUGUGGGAAUGUAACAAUGUAAAUAAGGGUCUGAAUCCAGAGGGUAAGAUGAGGUAAUUCCAUAAUAAAAUGGGACCCGAUUAACAGUUUAUUUUGGAGCUUGAGCUCCACUGGAACAGAGGAAUCUUGAGUAAUUUUUCAGUGUUCAUCUUUAUUACUAUGGCUUUCUCAGUUUGAUUCUAUAAAUUAUGCUUGCUAGCA